GUUCAGGAGGCGGGGCUUAGCUGAAGCAGCACGUGCAAAUGGCAGAAUGACAGGUUCACCGCUCCUGCUAAGAGCAAAUGUAGAAAGUCACUACGGUGUGCUUAGCAUAAGAUGGUGGUCAUCGGUGAUUUUAUCAGUACGUUUUAACAUGCUGCUUUAAUUUAUUGAAAAUAAUCAUGGCUCGACAGGAAAAGGGGUGAUCAAGAAAAGGUUCGGGAGGAGGAGCAUAGUCAUGUGAUCCAACCAAUCAGCGCAAAGAGUGAUGACUAAGCCCCUGGAGAAACAGGUGCAGCAGCAGUCAUCCCCCCAGAUGUUGGCUCCUGAUGGGGGUUGGGGAUGGGUUGUGGUCGGUGCUCUUUUCGUUGCUUCUGCCCUGGUCUUUGGGCUCAUCCGCAGUCUAGGCAUCUUUUUCGUAGAAUUUGUGCAGUACUUUGGUGAAAGUGCCCAAGCUGUAUCCUGGAUAACAUCCAUUGGGGUGGCAGUACAACAGCUAUUCAGUCCAGUAGGUACAGCAGCAUGUAAUGUAUAUGGAGCUCGGCCAGUCGUUAUGAUUGGAGGCUUCCUCUCAGGCCUAGGGUUUAUUUUGGCUUCCCAGGCGACAACUCUUUCACAUCUUUACCUGACCAUGGGACUCAUCUCAGGUUUAGGAUGGGCUUUGGUCUUCACCCCUAUUAUUGCAUCAGUAAUGCAGUAUUUCACGAUACGACGAUCUCUCGCCAUUGGCCUGGGCUUCACAGGCAUCGGUCUUGCCUCUUUCGCCUUCUCCCCACUGUUUCAGUACUUAGUAGAGGUGUACUCUUGGCGUGGGGCCUUGCUCAUUCUGGGAGGCCUAAGCUUCAACAUGAUUGCAUGCGGGGCUCUCAUUCGACCUAUAGGAAAUCCAAAAGUUGUUGUAAAGGCUGAAAACUCUUCCGUCAACAAGUGUUCUUCUCUAUGCUCCCGUUUCUAUGAAUGCUUUGAGAUCUCCCUGCUUUCCCACCGUGGCUUCCUCACUUACACCCUGGCCAUCACCCUCUUCAAUGCAGGCUACUUUAUCCCAUACGUUCAUCUGGUUGCCCACAGUCGCCACAUCGGUUUCACUGAAUACCAGGCGGCAUUUGUGAUCUCUGUCACCGGUGUGGCGGACAUUGUGGGUCGCGUUGUAUCCGGGUGGGCCUCGGACCUCGGCAAAAUGCGGAUGCCCCACAUGCUGACACUGUGGACUGGGUUACUGGGGAUAUUUCUGUUGCUCAUUCCUCUCGGCGUGACUUACCCAGGACUGUUGGUACUCGGCCUGGCUUAUGGGUUUUGUGCAGGAGCAAUGACCCCGCUCGCCUUUGCAGUGGUACCAGAGAUCGUAGGCAUGGAGCGAAUGCUAGGGGCCCUUGGUCUCCUGCAGCUUCUAGAGAGCAUUGGAGGGCUACUAGGAGCUCCGCUUUCUGGCUGGCUAAAGGACUCUACGGGAUCAUAUACUGCAUCUUUUGUGGUUGCUGGAAGUUUCCUUGUUUUAGGUACAUUAGUCACAUGGAGUCUUCCAAAUUUCUGGCUUUGUAAAAGUCCUACAUCAUCAUCAAAGAUAUCAUCUCAGGAUACCUCUGUGGAAGAUGGACUGCUCAAGCCAAAGCUGCCCACUGUUCCCGAGAGUCCCUUGGAUGAUACACCUUGCUCAGAUAAGGAAAUAGAGGUCUGGUGUGACAGACAUGUGACACAACCAGUGCAAGAACAAGAAUAUAUGGCUGAUGCAAGAAAUGACAGGAUUUUGUGAUAUUAGUAACAUUUUUAAAGGCUAUUACUGUUAUUAGGCAUCAAAUAUGUGACCCUGCCUGUGAAAACCCUUUUUGAGAUUUAAUGUUUUCUACAUAAAACAUUAUGUGAAAAUAUAACCUUGAUAUCUUUAAUAUUGACUGAGUAAGGUCAUGUCAAAGAUUAAAAUCAACGUGAAACUGAACUUUGAUCAUUAUUCAGCUAAAGUUUUUCAACUUUAGCCCGGUUUUCACAGGCAGGGUCACAUAUGAUAUUGGAGCGGGGCGGCAUAGUACCUCAGUGGUUAGCACUUUUGCCUCACAGCAAGAAGCUAAAUGUUUUUCUGGUUUAACCAGAUUUCUUUAGGUGACAAAUUGCUAAACUUUGGGUGUGUGAGAGUAUGUGUGAAAUAUGUGGAUGAAACUGUGCACAUUAUAAAAUAUGAUAAAAAAUAGUUAUUGCCAUGAAUAUAGUCACUAUAGACAUGGACGAGGCACCUCAGCAAAUGUAGUUUUCUACCUCAUUUUCAUUUUUAAACAGAAUACAAACAACUUUGUAAGAUUUCACCAUGUGUAGAUUUUUAGCGUGGUAUAAUAUAAAUGUAAUAUAUAUCAAUGGUGCUUGUCAGAAAGACAAUCUGAUGAAGGCAGCCUUGUCAGGGUUUUAAAGGGCAGCAGGUGGUUCAAGUUCAGUUUAUUUCUUGAGCACAUUUAAAGGCGGAGUCCACGAUGUUUGAAAAACGCGUUGGAAAAGGAGACGGGCCGACUACCAAAACACACUUAUAGCCAAUAAAAUCAAAUCAAAUGCCGGAUUGCGUAUGUGUGGGGCGGGUCUAUCAACAGAAGGUCCAGAUUCUAUUGGGGAAGGGGCGUGUUUGUUUAGGUGAUUUCAAAUAUCAACAUUGGCUUUCAAACAUCAUGGACUCCGCCUUUAAAAACAGUGGCAUACCAAAGUGCUUUACAAAAAAAAUCACAAGAGACCCAAGAUAAACAAAACUAGGAAGUACCUUUUAAAAAUAAAAGAUGUCUUUUUAGACAAGGUAGAGACACUAAUGUUAUUUGGUAGACUAUUCCACAGAGCAGAAUUUUUCAAACUUUAUGAUGCCGAGGACCCCCAAAUAUGAUGAACCUUUUGUGAGGGACCCCCUUCCUAAUAUAUGUAUAUAUGGUUCCCCUAUGAUUACAAUCUUUUAGAGUGUAUAACGUAUUUUUAUGUAUAACAAAAAUAUAAUUGGCUACUUUUUACAAUUUAUUUGCAUCAUAGCAGCCUUACAAGGAAUUCUGCUUUACAAACCCUGUUAGAUAAAGGAGACCCUAAUAAGAAAGAAACAAAGAAAAUAUAAAUUAUUCUUGAAUGUAUGAAGCAAGAAAUGAGAAAUAAAUACCUAAUAAAUGAACUGAACAAUU